AUGGGCAAAAAAUGGCCCGAUGCGGAAUGGCAAGCUUGGCGGUCAUCUUCUACAUCUCAAUAUGGCGGAUGGCACCAGCAGAAGGGCAAAGGGAAGACCAAGGAUGCCUCCAAGAACUGUUACCCGGGCCCCAAAGAGACCACGGCGGACACUCGGAAAGUGUCCUUUCCCUCGUUCGACAUGAUGCCGGCAGCGAGCGGUGCCAGCUCCAGAGCACCGGAGCGUGCCAGGGAGCAGAUGGAGAUCGACGAGGAAGCGAUCACUACAGGCCAGUUGGCCAGAGGUGUCCAGAAGUUGCUCAACAGCCUGCGGAAGUCCGAGGGACGAUCGAGAAAGAUCGAAGAAGAGCGCCGAGCACUGCAGGCGCAAUGGGCGACUUUCAAGCAGGAGCUGCAGCAGACCUUCGUGAAGGAGAAGAACCGUUUUCGAGAACGGAUGGAGCAGCUGAGCCAGGACCUUCAGGAAGCCGAGCAGACUCAAGAGGAAGCUCUGGCCGGACUCCAACUGGCCAUCGCGGAACCCCAGUCGAUGGUGAAACAGCGUGUGGAAGUCCCCGACAACACCGCUGCUUUGGAGGAGUUGGAUCAGUUGCUGAAGUCACCGGAGCAGCGACCCAAGCCGGGGCUGGCGGAUCUGCUCUCAGAGGUCCUGAAUGGUGGUGGCGACCAAGAAGCCCAACGACGACAGUUGCUAUCUGCACUUGCGGGCAGGCGGAACGGCGAGGCCUCACUCCACACCCCGCCUCGCAGGACACACGGCAGAGAGCCACGAACCCCGCAGGACCCGAAGACAAGCGCACCGACGGAAGCCAAACCGGCAACCACGGGCGAUCUCUACAGUUUCGAUGGGGCAGCUUCCAAGGGAACUCCUUUUCCUACGUCACCUUCUACCACUUCGGCAGCACCGAUCCCGGAAGGCAUCUCCAGGACACGUUCGCGGCCGGGGGCACGUAUUCCGGUGAAGCAACUGGGGCGUGGCCCAUCGAAACCCCGAGUCAGUGGAACCGCACUCGCGCAGAAAUUGGAGGCAAAGCGCAAGGAAGGAAUGGAAGUAGAAACCCUCAUGGACUCAGACGAGGACCAGGCGAUCGGCGACUUGGAGACGGAGCCGGAGGACAACACCUCGGGCUUGGUGGGGUGA